UCAUUCUCGCGGGUGACACUCACUAACACAACCUCGCCCAAUAUGUCUGGCCCCCAGUUACCGCGCCAUGUCUUUUCCUAAUGCUCCUUGCCCUCCGUUACCCGCAACGGUUUGAUACUCCCCUCCACUCUUCUCCAUUAUCGUCGCCCAAAGUGAUGCGGGCUGCGGGGCGUCUGGACGGGGGCGUGUCUUGGUUCUUGUCCCCCCGUUCCACUCUCUUGCCUUGCAUCUUGCAUGAUUCAUCAACCCCCAAACCCAAACCAGGCACAUACAUCUGUCUGUCUGGGUUUGGCCCCGGUAACCAAGGUAAAUGGGUUGCCUCCCAUCCUCAGACGAUAACAAGUCGGCCUUCGUUUUCGUCCAUUUCCCUUUUCUCUCGGGCCUCAUCUUUCUCCUUCUCUCACCGCCAUCGUACACCCCAUCUUACAGCAUCAUUGUCAAUCACGUCGAUAUUCCAUCAUGCGUGUAACCCGUCAAACAACUUGAGCACUGCCUUGUUCUCUCCGCUCUCCCUGCCCGCUUCCGUCCCCAACUUAAAGUUCAAGCCUUUCUCUCGCCCUUCCCAAGCCUGCCUGUCCGUCUCCUCGUCCAUCUUUAAUCCGCCCUUCUUUCUCCCGAACCCUCAUUUUUCAUGCUGCCAUGUCGUGAGACCGGAAAAUUAUGCAUAUCUAGCGUGGGCAGUCUUGCCAUCUCAUCAACCUCACCGCUCAAACAAACAUGGCCCCAUCAUCAUACAUGGUCUUACUUUUAUGGCUUCGCUUCUAUAUACCUGAUGUCCGGGAAUUGCAUGACACCCCAUCUCCCACUCCUUGUUGUCUCGCUGUCUCGUUCUCUCCCGGAGUCUACAGCCGUUGACGGACAUCGCAGAUGUGAUCAUCGCCUAUACAAGUCUGCUCUCGUGUGCCGUUCUUCCUUUUUUAUGAGAAAAAAACCCGCCCUCC